CCUUUAAUUGAAAUCCGAGAAAGAGAAUAAAUGUUCGAUUAAUUCUGAAGUCUGGACCCUGCCUGAAGUCCACCACACAGCUUCGAUGGAUCCCAAGAACCCAAAUCCACACCAAGUACCAAACUUCUUGAUACCACCACCACAACCGAGAGAUGCUUCCGAUGACAACAAAGAAGUAAAUGAUUUUCAGAUCGUGGUCGCUUCCGACAAAGAACCGAACAGUAACGGUAAGAAGCAGCUUGCCCCCAAGAGAAGCUCAAACAAAGACAGACACACCAAAGUGGAAGGUCGCGGUCGGAGAAUCAGGAUGCCUGCUCUCUGCGCGGCAAGGAUUUUUCAACUGACCAGAGAAUUGGGUCACAAAUCAGACGGUGAAACAAUCCAGUGGCUGCUUCAACAAGCCGAACCGUCGCUUAUCGCAGCCACCGGUUCAGGAACUGUACCGGCCUCUGCUUUAGCCUCAGCUGCUUCUGCUGUAGUCUCUAACCAAGGCGGGUCUCUCACUGCUGGUUUGAUGAUCAGUCAUCAUGACUUAGACUGUGGUGGUGGGUCUAGUAGUGGUAGACCAAGUUGGGGAGAAGGAGGAGGAGAAGUAUGGCCAAAUGGAGCUGGUUACAGAAUUGGGUUUCCCGGAUUUGAUUUUCCUGGUGGAGCUAUGAGUUUUGCUUCCAUUUUUGGUGCUAGUGGUGGUGGUAAUGGUAAUCAGAUGCUUGGACUUGAGUUAGGGUUGUCUCAGGUAGGGAAUGUUGGGGUCUUGAAUCAACAGAUUUAUCAACAGAUGGCUCAAGCUCAGGCUCAGGCUCAGGGUAGGGUUCUUCACCAUACUCUUCAUCAUAAUCCAGGACAUGAAGAGGAUGAUGAUGAUGACAUAUAUAUGCUUAUUGAAACCUCUGAGCUGAUUUCAAUUUGA